CAUUGAGAUCGAAGUAAAAUUGGCUCUAAUGAUAUUUUAUAUUGAAAAAAAAAGAAAAAAGAAUAUAUAUAUAUAUAUGCAUUAUAACUUAAAAACUCUAAAUGUUUCUUUGCUCUAUAAAAAUUGCACGAUCAAUGAUAUUUGUCAUUUGAAAGCGCGUAUAUUGGCACUGUGUUAACGUCAAUAAUAGUGUGUAGAGAUUUCAACUUUAUAUAUUUCGUAUCAUUAUUAUUUUGAAAUUUCGGAACACAUGUCUUCCUCGCAUAACGAAAAUAUGAUAGAAGAACUAGCAAAGGAUUAUGCCGAUUAUGCGAAAGUCAACUUGUCUGUUAAGAUGAAACAAUUUCAUGAAACAAUAGAAGAUGUCAUGAUACGUUUGGAAGAAUUUCAAUCCAUUGUUGGAAUGGUCCAAGCAGAAAGUUCAGAAUGUAUGAAUGAACACAUUCCAAGGAUACGACAUAUGCGGAAGGAAUUAGUAACGCUUUGUAGAAAAAUAGACGCACUUGAACACGUCCUUAUAGCUGCUAAUGUAAGUUUGACAGCUUUAGAAACAGCUGUUGACACUGCAGAAGCUGAAUUAGGUGUUACUGACAGAUUUUUUGGUAUUCUUAAUCCAUUAUCUUUUUUUAAAAAAUCUCAGGAAUCUGUGAUAGGAAACAAACAACAGCAAGCAUUUGAACCUCCAACAAUUUACAGAACAGAAGAUUUUUUCAAUACGGAGUAAAAUAAUGUCUUCCAUGACCGAACGAUUCUAAAUUUAAACUUUUUAAAAAACAAUUAGAAAAAUUUACUAUAAUACAAACUUUGGAUAUAAAAUUUUUUUCAGAGUAUAUAAUUUACAAUCAAUUCCAUAGCCAAAUUUUGAUAUUUAUAUUUUUCUGUUUUUCUUACAUAUUCGCUAUAGGAAAACUAUAAAAUGUAUAACAAUACCUUAUUGUAUUUAUUAAUAUCUAUUUAUUGUGUGUAAUGUUAUUAUUUUAUAUUAUUAUUAUUGAUAUUAUUUCUGUUAUUACUGUCUUUUGAUUAAUCAAACAUAAUAAGCUUUAUCUUAAGAACUUCUCUGUUUUGUAUAAUUUAAUUAUACGAAUCAUAUUUUUUCUAAAAUCUUACUCUCGACGAUAGAAAAAUUUUAGGUUAUCUAUAUAUUCUUCCAAUAGAGAAUUAAAAUAUUAUAAGAAAAAAAUAUUCUUUGUUCAUUGAAAGUUCUUAUACAUGACGUAUUAAAAAAAAAAAUUAGUAGUAAACAACAUAUAAUAAGAUAAAAUAAAUAUAGCCUAUCGACGUUUUCAUUUUGAUAGUAAACGAUAGAAAAUUCUAUAAUCCAAUAAUGAAAUUUACAAGCAGUAAUGUCAUUGGAAAGAACUUGAAUGACUAAUAAUAGAUAAUUUAUAAAAUUAUAGUUACUUACACCUAUUCUUGGAUGAAUACAGACAUUGAUUAGAAAUGAAUAGAACCUUCUCUUACAUUCCUCGCGAAAUCCGUGCUAUAAAUUCGAUGUUAAGCUAUGACUGUGUCCAAACUUUUCAAUGAUCGACACUGGAUAAUCGAUCUGAAAACUUAAAACAUAAAACAAGUUAAUUAGACCUUAUAGAUUAACAUGUAUUAAUUAAAAUAUUUCAUUAAUUAGAUUACAAUAAAUAUAUAAUAAUAAUAAUAAUUAUUAUUAUUCAUACUAUGGAAAUGAUGUAAAUAAAUGGUAUUAAUACGUA